AGCAUCACUGAGCUGGUGCAGUGCAAAACCGCUUGCUCAUCCUCACUGAUGGUGUGCAGAACAAGGGGGACAUAAAAACCUUCUGAAACUAAAACAUCCAUAUCCUUUUCUUAAACAAACAAAAAAUCCACAACAAAAAAUUCAUCAUGAGCUACGAUUCCUACUCCUCCUACCGCCGCCCUUGGGACAGCUACAGAGGCUCCCGCACCGCCACCAAAUCCUCCAUGUCUUCCUCUCUCUACUCUUCUCGAGCUCCACCAACUGGGAAGAGGAUUAUGCGGCUGGCCUCCUCGCCCCUGCCGGACGGCUCCGACAGGGUGGACCUGGCUCAGGCUAGCUCUCUCAACACAGAGCUGCUGGGCCUGCGUUCCCAGGAGCGGGAGCAGCUUGUGGAUCUGAACGACCGCUUCGCCACGUACAUCGAGAAGGUGAGACACCUGGAGCUGCAGAACAGAGCCCUGUUAGCGGAGCUGGACACACUGAGGAGGCAGCAGAACAAUCCGUCCCGGCUACACACACUCUAUGAGGGGGAGGCGCGGAGUUUAAGGGCCAUGAUUGAUUCGGAGAACGGCGAGAAGAUGCGGAUGGAGGCAGAGAGGGAGUACUUGCAUGAUGUUUAUGAGCAGAUGAAGGUUCGCUAUGAGGAGGAGCUGAGGCGUCGUAUGGACGCUGAGGAGGGUCUGCAGAGGGCCAAAGAAGAAGCAAGUAGAGCAGUGAUCUCCAACUGCGAUGCCGAUGCCACAGUGGUCUCUCUGUGCGAUGAAUUGGUGUUCCUGAAGAAGGUGUUUGCAGAGGAGCAGGCUGAGCUGCAGGCCCAGCUGCAGGUGGCCAACAUCACCGUGGACGUGGAGGUCUCCAGGCCCGACCUUUCCAACGCCCUGCGAGAAAUCCGGGCGCAAUACGAGCGGCUCGCGAACAAGAACAUGCAGGCGGCCGAGGACUGGUACAAGAGCAAGUUUGCAAGUGUGGCAGAGAUGGCCGGCAAAAACAACGAGGCCGUGCACGCCAUCCGGGAGGAGACCAUGGAGUACCGCAGACUGCUACAGACUCGCUCCUCCGAGAUCGAAGGCCUCCGGAACGUCAUCGACUCCCUAAACAAGCAGCUGGAGGACCUGGAGGAGUCCCAGGCGAAGGAAGUGGCAAAGUACCAGGUGAGGGUGAGUGAGCUGGAGCAGGACAUCACUGAAGCCAAGCAGGAGAUGGCGCGUUACCUGAGAGAAUACCAAGACCUUCUGAAUGUGAAGAUGGCCCUUGAUAUUGAAAUAGCGGCAUACAGGAAACUCCUGGAGGGUGAAGAAAUUCGCCUGACUUAUCCGUCCCUUGCUGUUCUAAACUAAGUUUCGAGCGCCAGCAGCCGGGCUGAACCUGCAUCCUUCAUACCCCGUCUUCCCUUUGUUUCCUUUACAGUCUCCAUCUCCAGAUCGUCCCUCUCAGAUGAUCCUUUCUCUAUUGCUCCCUACUAUAAGCCAAACUGCAAACCGAAGCUCAUCCUUCUCAAGACAGAUGCGCCCUUGUGCUAAACAAGAGGUCCACCAGAAGUCCCCCUUCUUCUACACACAUUCUGACACCACACAUCCAGACAGGGCAAACAGUAGCCUAGAGUGUGUCUGCACUGCAUUAGUUACGUGGCUAUGCUGGACACCACUGUUGUUUGGCUGAGUUCCUCUGUGUUGUGCAUGUUGAAGUCCAUGCAGCAGAGUGAUUAUUUAAUUCUUCUGACCCUUCAGUGCGCAAACAUUUGACCAAUUGUUUGUGAAGGCAGAAAAUAAUAACAAUUACCUCUGACUGCUUGGACUUUUAUUGCAAUUGUUUUUGACAAGGACCUCAACCAAUCAAUUUUGUAUUGUCCUGCACUUUGUGAUAUGUGGUAUUAAUCAGUAAACCAGUAACCUUAAAGUUUUAUUUUUAUUGUACUAGAAAUGCAUUUGUCCUUUUAGUUAAUCUUCCUCUGUAUUUACAUCUAUAUAAUAAAUGGAAGGUUUGAAUGGUUUGGUCUUUCUAUUUGGCCAAACGUUCAAAUUAGUCAUUUCUAUAAAUGUAAAUGCUGUGGAAGAGUGAUUGUUACUGGUGUAUUUAUAAUUAUGCAGAGUGUCUGCAUUAGAUUUAUGUGUCCAUACAAAGUCUAAAUAAUGAAACUGAAGUACAGGAGCUCCUUGUUGUCUGUCUGCUGGUCUUUGAUCUAAUGGGGCUUUACAUCUGUGAAACUAACAUAGAACAAAGUCUGCACCGUUACGCUUGGUGUAUCUGUAACAGCUGGCAACAAGCUGAAUAAACGUAUAACUGACCUGCA